GAACAACAUAAGCCAUACAGGUAAACAAGAUGGGAGCCAUUUUUUCGGCAAUGAACUCGAGUGCAAACCCAGCUGAGAGCAAUGAACAAUAUGAGGCAGUGGAAUCCAUACGUAAUGGCGACUUUUACUGGUUCAAGGCCAUUUAUAACCGCAACAGUCGAAAUGUGGACAAUGAAAUGUUAGUCAGUCUCAUCUCGCUUAUUAUACAGUAUGGGCGGGUGAAAUUUUUAAAGUUUCUACUCGAGGAGGAAAAUUGUAACGUACAUAUCAAAGAAAAUGGAAGCCGGGACUCUUUGUUACAUUUGUGUUCAAAUUCUAAGACUACAAACAAUACAAUUGACUGCUGCAAGGUGCUACUCGCAAACAAAAUUGAUAUCAAUGUGAAAAAUGUUUGGGGGAGAACGCCCCUUAUUGGAGCUCUUGUAGCUUUCAGGUAUAAGUUAGCAAAAGUCCUCAUUGCUCAAAAUGCCGAUGUAAACAUUUGCGACUCCAAUGGACUUUCCCCAGUCAUCAUUUGCUGCAGCUACGGAAACUUAGAACUGCUUGAAUUACUAGUCCAAAAUGGUGCCAGUAUCAAUCAAACAAACUCCUCUGGAAAAUCAGCACUUCAUUAUGCCAUAGUGGGAAAUCAUACCGAAAUCAUUGAUUUUCUCUUGAAGAAAAAUUGCGAAAUCAACACAAUGGACAAAUACGGCAUCACACCCCUACAUGUCGCCAUAUGCAAGUUUAAUGUCAAGGCCACAGAAAGACUCAUCAUGUGUGGAAAAUCUGUGGAAAAUGAGGCGUUUUCCACCUCCUAUGUGGACUACUGCCUAAAGAUUGUGUGGAGUACAGGAAUACGAUCUAUUACAUUGAAUGAACAAAUUCUCCAACAAGCCAGUAACAGUCUGACUUGCAUGAGGAUGGUAGUGAGAGCAUUCGGAUUCAGAUUAAAACCCACAGUGCUAGAGAAACUCAGGCGAUUGGAAUCUAACUUUCUUGGCCAGGGAAACUCCAACUCCAAAGAGCUGAUGAGUCUUUUGUCGGACUUGUGCCAGCUGAUCUCGUAUGUUGAAAAAGUGACCCAAGAAAAAAGACAAAUCAAUUCUCCCGAGUCCCUUCAGGCAGUGUGUGUUCAUAGAUGCCGUGAACUUUGGUUAAAGGGAAACACAAAUGUUCUGUAUAUGUGCAAUAGAUUACAACUUCCCCAGUAUACAAAUGACAUGCUCACACUGGCUUCUGGUACAUAAAAAAAAAUCAAUGAAAAAUUAAAGCUAAUUUAAACCCUUCUCAAAACAACAGGAUGAACUUUUUUCACCCAAAAUCUUCAGAAUUUACAUCAUUAUUACCUCCCUUUGCAAUGCUCAUCCACAUAUAUAAAGUGAAUUUAUAUUCAGGCUCUAACUUGGUAAUAAAUGGACAGAAUGCCACAAUGUUAAAAUUCAAAGUUAUUCUGUAGUAAUAAUUAAUAAUAUUAAAAUUAAUACAACAAGAUUUUAAUUCCGUUUAUAAUCAUGCAUAAAGUCGGGAAAUUCUGUCUUGAAAUCAUGUAGGCAAUAAAUCCAUUUGAGUCUUCAACACAAUAUUCUGUCACUUAUUAAAAAUAAGUUUUCUACUGCUGAUUAGUCCCUGAGCUUGAUGUUUACUGCUAUGAGUUGAAAAGGUGAAUGGAAGUAAAUAGAAUGACAGUCACAGCUGUGUAAAAAAAAUAUUUAAUAUAAAAAUGAAUAAAUAAGAGUUAGCAACUAGGAUUAUAUAAAAAAAAAUAAUAAGUGAAUAAAUAACCAUUUAAUUCAUAGUGUCUGUGCUAUGCACUUUCCUAUUUUCCUCCAUUUCCAUGUGUAAAACAAAGCAGUUGUUAGAACAGAAAUCAGCUUAACUCCUAUACCUAUCAGUUCAGGGGCUUUGUUGAAAUCUAUGCUGGAGAUUUUAUUGUGUUAAUUUGAAUAUUUGUAAUACUAAUAUACAGAUAUUAUCUUCAAUAUUGUAUAUUGAUGCUGUACAAGUUGUAAAUUUAGAGGAUGUUUUCCUUCUCAUUGUACCAGCUUUAAAUGUUGGAUAUAUAGAACGUACAACUCAGUGCUUGCAAUAAUAAUUAUGGGAGUUACUCCCCUUGAGUCUGGCGAUUGUUUGUGAAUGUUGUAUUUUGUUGUCCAGUUGUUAAUUGAUCUUCAAUAUUUUAAAAUAAAGUUUUCAAUUCUA